UAUAUCAACUUCCGGUUAGCUCAAAAUCAAGAAAAUACGAUUCCACCGCAAGAAAUAAUUAUGGCAGACGACUUUCAGUUUGAUCCAGAAUUGAAUUAUGAUGAAGCUACUCUUGAGCAACAAAGACAGAUAGAAAAAGAUAUAGCUGAUGCACAGCCUUUGAUCAGUGACAGAAUUGGGCUUGAUCAAAUUAUAAAAGAAUAUUCUGCUGGUGAAGAUCAAGUUUUUGUUAGAAAAAUUGAGGAAAUGAAGUCAACAUAUAAAUGUGUUAGAAAAACUAGAGCAGAUGGAAACUGUUUCUUUCGAGCAUAUGGUUAUGCCUGCUUUGAAAAUUUCUUGUCAGAUAAAGCAGACUACAAAAGAUUUCAUGAUGUUUGCGAUAAAACAAAAGAUGAUUUGAUCAACCUUGGUUUUCCUCAGUUUACGAUAGAAGACUUCCAUAAUAAUUUUAUGGAAGCAGUUAGCAAACUAGAAACCAUUGGUCAAGAAGAAUUAAUUUCCAUGUUUAAUGACCAAGGUCUCUCAGAUUAUCUGGUGGUUUACCUAAGGUUGGUGGUGUCUGGUCUGUUACAAAAGGAACAUGAAUUUUAUGCUAAUUUUAUAGAAGGUUAUGCCACAGUUAAAGAUUUUUGUGGUCAUGAAGUUGAACCAAUGGGAAAAGAGAGUGAUCACAUACAUAUAACAGCUCUAACACAAGCGCUAGGGGUACCAGUACAAGUGCUAUAUAUGGAUCAUAGUGAAGGCAGUAAAUGUAAUCUGCAUGUCUUUCCAGAGGACUCUAAACCUUCCAUUACUUUAUUAUACAGACCUGGACAUUAUGAUGUGUUAUAUUCCUGACAAAAAAAAAUCAUUUUGCAUAAUAUGAUGUUUAUUGACUUCUUUUUGUUCAUUACUUUUUAACAAAUGUAUAAACUUUAUAAAGAUUCAAAUUUCUUACAA